UAUUGUUUCUGAAAAAAGCAGAAAUUGUGGAGGGAAAACGUGCGUGCGUUCUACGUUGUGAACUAUUUCGACUCGGAUUUGAGAACUAUUUGUAACAUUAUUCGUCGCUAAUCCAUUAUUUCGAGUUCUAAACGUAUAAGUUCACACGUUAGUACGGAUUUUACUUGGAUGGUUCUCGUUUCCUGCUAACAAUGGGGAGCCUUGCAGCUGAUAAAGAAGUUUUCUUCCGGAGGAUAAAGCGGUUUUAUUCAUCUUGGAAAAAUGGUGAAUCAAAUGCUGAUAUUGGGUUUGCAGAUAUGGAUGCUCUGGUUACAGCGCUGGGGGCUGAUGAAGAAGUUGUGUACAGCAAGACAUCUGCUUUACAAUCCUGGCUUCUUGGAUAUGAGUUAACUGAUACUGUAAUGGCAUUGUGUGAAGAUUCUAUCUAUUUCCUUGCAAGCAAAAAAAAAAUAGACUUUUUAAGGCCUCUGGAAGCUGUUAAAGAAGAGAAAGGCUUGCCUGCAGUUAAACUUUUGGUUCGAGAUAAAAGUGACAAAGAUAAGGCAAAUUUUUUGAAAUUAAUUGAAGCAUUGAAAAAAUCAAAGAAAGGAAAGAAACUUGGUGUCUUUUCAAAAGAUAGCUUUCAUGGGGAGUUUAUGGAUGCAUGGAAUAGUGCGAUCAAAAAAGAGAAAUUUGAGACAAUUGACAUAAGUUCUGGUGCAGCUUAUAUGAUGGCUCCAAAGGAAGAAUCUGAGCUCAUGGUCAUUAAGAAAGCAUGUCAAGUAUCAGCUGAUUUGUUCAACAAAUAUUUAAAGGAGCAGGUCAUGGAAAUUGUUGAUGCAGAUAAAAAGGUCAAACAUUCCAAAUUAGCGGAGGGCGUCGAGAACGCAGCAACAGACAAGAAAUAUGUUUCUGGUGUCGAUACUGGACAAGUUGACAUGUGUUAUCCAGCCAUUAUUCAAAGUGGAGGAAAUUACAGUCUAAAAUUCAGUGCUGUCAGCGAUGAUAAACCUCUACAUUUCGGAGCAAUCGUUUGUCUUUUAGGUGCACGUUACAAAUCUUACUGUUCCAAUAUUGGUCGAACUUUACUUGUAAACCCGACAGAAAAAAUGCAGGAUACGUACAAUUUCCUGUUGUCAGUGGAGGACGAAAUUUUAAAAUCUCUUGUGGAAGGUGCAAAACUUAGCGAGGUUUACAAUGCCGCCGAGGCUUAUGUCAAAAAAGAAAAACCUGCACUACUUGAUAAAAUGACAAAAACCCUCGGAUUUGUUACUGGCAUUGAAUUUCGUGAAAGUUCUUUGGUUAUUGGUCCCAAGAAUACGGCAGUUAUCAAGAAAGGUAUGGUCUUCAACGUCAACCUUGGAUUUGCAGAUCUUGAAAAUCCUGACGGCACAGAUGACAACUAUAAAAAAUAUGCCUUGUUUUUGAGCGACACUGUCGUAGUAUCCCAGGGUCCAGCAACCGUACUCACGGCAUCAAAAAAAAGGAUCAAGAACAUUGGAAUUUUCCUUAAAGAUGAAUCGGGCGAUGAAGAAGAAGAAGAAGAGGAGGAUGAUGAAAAGCCAUCGCGACAGCCACAAAAUUUAGGCCGUGGCAAAAGAACCGCAAUUCUUGAUUCGAAGCUGAGGGAAACCUCUACAGAAGAAAAACGAAAGCAACAUCAGAAGGAACUAGCGUCUCACCUUAACGAAGAAGCUAAACUUCGACUGGCGCAGCAAAAGGGUCGCUUGGAUAGUGAAAAAGUUAGGAAGUCUACCGUGUCGUAUAAAUCCGGGAAAGACUUGCCAAAAGAAGAUGAAGUAAAAGAAUUGAAGUUAUAUGUUGACCGUAAGUAUGAAACGGUCAUCAUGCCUGUUUACGGCAUUCCGGUACCCUUUCAUAUUUCAACUAUCAAGAAUAUCAGUCAAAGUGUUGAAGGAGACUACACUUAUUUGCGCAUUAAUUUUUUCCAUCCUGGCGCCACUAUGGGGAGAGCUGAAACAGCGGCAUUUCCUAAUCCUGAAGCAACAUUCCUGAAAGAAAUCACAUAUCGGAGCACCAACGUGAAAGAACCUGGUGAGCUGUCAGCUCCUUCGUCUAACCUUAACACUGCAUUCCGAUUGAUCAAGGAAGUUCAAAAGCGCUUCAAAACACGCGAAGCUGAGGAAAAAGAAAAAGAAGAUUUGGUUAAACAAGAUACGCUACUUCUUUCGCAAAACAAGGCGAAUCCGAAAUUGAAGGAUCUGUAUAUCCGACCUAAUGUUGCCCAAAAAAGAAUUUUAGGUUCAUUAGAGGCGCAUACUAAUGGGUUCCGUUACACUUCUGUUCGAGGGGACAAGGUAGACAUCCUCUAUAACAACAUCCGGCAUGCUAUUUUCCAGCCUUGUGAUGGAGAGAUGAUCAUCCUGUUACAUUUCCAUCUAAAGAACGCCAUCAUGUUUGGAAAGAAGAAGCACAAUGAUGUUCAAUUUUACACCGAAGUUGGUGAAAUCACAACCGAUCUUGGCAAACAUCAACACAUGCACGAUCGCGAUGAUUUGGCCGCCGAACAGGCUGAGCGAGAAUUGAGGCACAAACUGAAAACCGCUUUUAAAACCUUUUGUGAAAAAGUUGAGACUAUGACGAGGAAUGAGGUGGAAUUUGAUGCUCCUUUCCGGGAAUUAGGUUUCCCUGGUGUGCCAUUCCGAAGCACUGUUCUCCUUCAACCCACCUCCGGAUGCCUCGUCAACUUAGUGGAAUGGCCCCCUUUCGUAAUUUCACUGGAAGACAUGGAGUUAGUUCAUUUCGAACGUGUCCAGUUCCACUUGAAGAACUUCGAUAUGGUCUUCGUUUUCAAAAAUUAUCAUCGUAAAGUUGCCAUGGUGAAUGCCGUACCCAUGAAUAUGCUCGACCACGUCAAGGAAUGGCUAAACUCCUGUGACAUUCGUUAUACGGAAGGCGUACAGUCCUUGAACUGGUCAAAAAUUAUGAAAACGAUUACUGACGACCCAGAGGCUUUCUUUGAGACGGGUGGCUGGACUUUUCUUGAUCCCGAGUCGGGCAGUGAAGGCGGAGGAGGUUCAGACGAAGAGGAUUCUGAGGAAGAUGAAUAUGCUCCGACUGAUGUUGACGACGAAGAAGAUGACGAGUCCGAUAGCGAGUAUUCAGAAGCAGAUUCUUCUGACAUGUCGGAAGAUAGCGAUUCUGGCAGUGAAGAUGGUGGUGGUGGAAGCUCUGAUGAAUCAGGAAAAGACUGGUCUGAUCUUGAGCGUGAAGCUGCUGAGGCCGACCGAGAAAACGCUAAUUUCGAGGACGAUUUCUCAAGAGGUCGUGGAGGCAAAGGAGGUGCCCCUCCAAACUCCAAAAGUAGAGAGCAUUCAUCAAGCAAACCGUCAUCAAGCAAACCGUCAUCAAGCAAACCGUCAUCAAGCAAAUCAUCAGGUGGACAUAAGAGAAGUCGGGAAUCCUCAAGUGGCGACCGUCACAGAAAAUCACCGAAGAAAUCGAGGAAAUAAACGUUGAAGAAUCGUCACGUCUGCCGUACGUAAAACUGUUUUACCCUACCCUUCCUUUCACUUAUUUUUUGUUUUGUUUUUUUAAUUGCUUUCCAUUAUGGAUCCUUUUUUAUGAUCCUUAUUUAACUGGAAUCCUUUCGUAAAGGUCGGUCAGUAACCAAGUGUUACAAACAUUUGAAUAGUACCAAUUGCUUCUUGUCUCAAAUGGUAUCCGUUCUUCAACCAAGUUAAAAUACACCAUUCAUGAACUAAAA